ACAUGCGGACAUAUUUUUUUUUUAUAAUUAAUUAUAAUCAAUUAAGUUUAUUCAGUUUCCAAUGUUAUGGUUACACAGGUUUGGUUUUAUUUUCUCUCUUGUUCUCUGGCCUCUCUUCAUUUUCUUCUCUCUCUAUCCUCGCGAACCGAUAACUUGAGAGCACAUGAGAUUGUUCUUUAUAUAUGUAUGAAAGAUAAUUGAAUGUUAUCUUCUUUUAUUUAAUAAUAGUUAUAAUAGAUAUGGUUAUGGCUUGACAACUAAUUUGGCGCGAUUUUAAAACAGAUUCACGACUUGACCUCUUCUACUUCUUAGUGCUGGACAUUCUCAACGGGCUCUUCGUUACACGACUCUAUACGAUAUUAGUAGGGCUGCCAACUGAUGCCCAAACGUCGCCUCACCUACAUAUACAUAUACAUUUUAUGUAGCUUGUGCCUGAGCGCGAUUACUUUAACUUCUGUUCUCUUCUUCUCUCGUCUUUUAAAUCGAAUCCAUCAAAGCCGGCGACUUAGUCUUUCUGAACUUAUUCGAGGAAGAGGAUGUGUCGCUUGGUUUCUUUAGUUCUUAUCGUUUUGGCUUUCUGCCAUAGAGGAGAUUCCCAGCUUUUGGAAGAUGACUGUUUCGAGCCAUCGAGUUUAGACUUUAGAAUAACUGGCGGUCAAAGGGCAAUUGUGAAUGCUCCGUUUAUGGUAGGCCUGUACAAUGGUACCGAACUUCAAUGCGGCGGAACACUAAUUAACAAGAAAUACGUUCUAACAGCAGCUCACUGCAUCCGUGAUUAUAUUAUAACCGUUCGUUUGGGAUCGAAUUACCGAUUUUGCUCGCCAGUGAUUUGCCCGUACGUGCAGCAUCGUAAUGUCGAAUCUAUACUACAUCCCAGUUUUAAUUCUAAAGAUUCAGCCUACUCUGAUAUUGCUCUGCUAAAACUGGAUAAGGAAGUGACUUUCAAUGCCAAUAUAAAGCCAAUUUGCAUCGUCUUAGAUGAGGACGUAAACUCAGAUGGGGUCAACAAAUUUUUGGCUUACGGCUGGGGCAAUACAAAGCAGCAAAAUUCAACUAGUUAUCUGAAAUUCGUCGAUCUGGAGCGACUGCCUGCAGAGGAUUGCUAUGGAACCCGCAUAGGUCAAAUUUGCGCAGGCAGCCCACUUGGCGACACUUGCUGGGGCGACUCUGGUGGUCCUCUGGUGUCGAAUUUCAAAUACAGAGGAAGACAAUUGUUGGUUCAGUUUGGGAUAAUAAGCUUUGGUAAUGAAGACUGCGAUGGCAAUGGUAUCUAUACGGAUGUAAAUGAGAACAAAAUAUGGAUAGCUAAUACCGUGCUGGAGUCUGAGCCGCGUCUUCUGACUGAGCAAUGCGGCAGUGACUGGGGAAGUAACGUUCUAGUUCGCCUUUGGGAGAUGGCACUAUUUCAGACUAAUUUUUCUGGAGCCCUAAUUACAAACCAAUUUGUACUGACCGUGGCCAGUGCUAUUCCCGCAAAAGUUACCGAAAUAAAAGUGGAAUCUAUUUCCUUGAAAGUCUAUGAUGUAGAAUGGUUCAGAAAGCAUCCCGGUUUCACAGAUUCACCAUCAAUAAGGAACAAUAUUGCUGUGAUAAAGCUGGCUCGAAAGAUGGAACCUUCUUAUCUUUAUAAGCCAAUCUGUUUGGGUAUUAACCUUAGUGCUUCAAAGUUAAGGAGCGUUUACUUGUAUAGUCCCAAUUCUGAAUUUCUGGGCUAUCAAAAUAUCAUUUUAAAGAGGAUCAAUGAUUGCUUCUCUAGAACCAAUAAGCGCGUGGAACGUAAUCAGUUAUGUAUCGAGACGCCCGAUAAAUCAAAAUAUGCAGCCCUAUGAGAAACCUGGUGCUGUCAUUGGCACCAAUCUAGUGUUCAAGGGCGCUGAAAAAUAUCUAAUUGCUGGCCUAAUCAGUCACAUUCAGGAUGGUGUAAUCGUCGUUACAAGCAUUCAAGACAACCUCGAUUGGAUUUUAAAUCAGUUACACUUCUAAAUCAACUGAAAUACUAAAAUAAAAUUGAACUUGCCC